AUGGAGGAGGAAAAAAAUAAAGCAGAACCAAAUGACCCUACUAAUAAUAAUGACGCUAUAAUUACCAGUGACGACAACGGAAAGAAGGACGAGCAAGAAAAUGAGGUAAAACAAAAUGAAAAAAUGAAGAAAAGGGGAGAGAAAAGAAAAUUGAAACAAAGUGAGCAUCAAAAUGGAAAUCAAAAUGGAAAUCACAAUGGAAAUCACAAUGGUGCAGAGGAUCAUCUCAUUUCCGCGGACGAGUUGGAACACUGCGAUAAUGCCAACGGGGGGUCCAAGGAGAACGAAGACAGUGCGGAUGAAUCUGCAUCACACUGCUCCAAUGUGUGUGAUGAGCAGGAAGAUGGCGAUGGAGGUGCCAAGUCAAACGAUGAAAGACGCGCCGGCACCAAUGGGGACGUGAACCCCCCCUCUUCCUCCAAGGUUGAAAAGAAAGAAACGUUUUACAGUGAAACAAAGUUCGAUGACCUAGACAUAUGCGAGGCGCUUAAAAAGGGAUUGAAGGAGCUGAAUUUUGUAACUCUCACAGAAAUUCAAGCGAAAUGUAUUCCUCAUUUUUUAAACGGAAAAGAUAUUCUUGGAGCAGCUAAGACAGGGUCAGGAAAAACGUUAGCAUUUCUAGUGCCCUCCAUAAAUAUUUUAUAUAAUAUAAAAUUCUUGCCGAAAAAUGGAACGGGGGUUUUAAUCAUAUCGCCCACCAGAGAAUUGUGUCUUCAAAUUUACCAAGUCUGUAAAGAUCUGUGUAAAUAUAUUCCCCAGACAAAUGGAAUAAUAAUUGGUGGGAUGAGUCGAAAUGAAGAAAAGAAAAAAUUUAUUCAUGGCAUAAACAUACUAAUUGCAACACCAGGCAGAUUGCUCGACCAUAUGCAAAACACGAAAGAAUUUAUUUACAAAAAUUUGAUAUCGCUUAUUAUAGACGAAGCUGACAGAUUGCUUCAAAUUGGUUUUGAGGAGGAAAUAAAUUUAAUUGUGAAAAGAUUACCCAAGAAAAGACAAACUGCUUUAUUUUCAGCUACACAGACAACCAAAGUUGAAAAUUUAAUAAGGCUCUCCCUGCAGAAGCCUAUAUUUAUAGAAGUAACGACGAAAAUUGCCACAGUGGAAAGGCUGCAACAGGGAUAUGCCUUAGUUGAUGAAGAUAAAAGAUUUCUUCUACUAUUUACAUUUUUAAAAAGAAAUAUAUCGAAAAAAAUUAUGGUCUUUUUUAACAAUUGCAUGUCCGUUCAGUUUUAUAACGAUUUGCUAAAUUAUAUUGACAUUCCCACCUUUUGUAUUCAUGGGAAAAAAAAGCAAAAUAAACGACUUAAAAGUUUCAGCGAGUUUUCUGCUGCACAAAGUGCUAUUCUGCUUUGUACAAAUGUAGCAGCCAGAGGCCUGGAUAUCCCGAAUGUUAAUUACAUUAUUCAGUAUGACCCCCCCGAUGACUCCAAGGAAUAUAUCCAUCGAGUAGGAAGAACAUGCAGAGGAAAAGAUUCAAAUGGAUCUGCUAUCAUAUUUCUAAUGAAGCACGAAUUAAAAUUUUUAAAUUAUUUAAAGUUUUAUAACAUCCCAAUUAAUCAGUUUGCGUAUGAUCCAAGCAAAUUAAUAAAUGUCCAGUCGCACAUAGAGUCCAUCGUCACGAAAAAUUUCCACUUGCACAAGAUGGCUCGAGAGGCUUUCAAAUCCUAUUUGAAUGGAUACAUUACCUACGCGCUGAAGGACGUCUUUGAUGUGAACAACCUGAAUUUGCUGCAGACUUCGAAGAACUUCGGGCUGGAGGCCCCACCAAAAGUUGAUUUAAAUUUAAAACUGAAUGUUAAAAAGAGGAAGUUUAAGUAG